CGAGAUGAAGCUGCACUGCGAGGUGGAGGUGGUCAGCCGGCAGUUGCCGGCCCUGGGGCUGAGGAACCGCGGCAAGGGGGCCCGCGCCGUGCUGAGCCUGGGUCAGCAGGCGCUCAGCAGUGGGCCGGGCGGCCCGCGCCGCGCCUGCCUGCUCGUCUCCACGCUGAAGGACCGGCGUGGGACCCGCUACAAGCUAACGGAGAACAUUGAGCAACUCUUCACCAAAUUUGUGGAUGAGGGGAAAGCCACUGUUCGUUUAAAGGAGCCUCCUGUGGAUAUCUGUCUAAGUAAGGCCAAUUCCAGCAGUUUAAAGGGUUUCCUUUCAGCUGUGAAACUGGCUCACAGAGGCUGUGAUGUUGAAGCCCCGCUCUCAUUGCUGACACCUGUGAAGACUUCAGAAUUUGAAAAAUUUAAAACUAAAAUGGUUAUCACAUCCAAAAAGGAUUAUCCUCUAAGCAAGAACUUUCCAUAUUCUCUGGAACAUCUUCAGACUUCUUACUGUGGGCUCGUCCAAGUUGAUAUGCGUAUGCUUUGCUUAAAAAACCUUAGGAAAUUAGACUUGAGUCACAAUCAUAUAAAAAAGCUUCCAACUACAAUUGGAGACCUCAUACACCUUCAAGAACUGAACCUGAGUGACAAUCACUUGAAGUCAUUUAGUGUAGCCUUGUGUCACUCUGCACUCCAGAAGUCACUUCGGUGUUUGGAUCUCAGCAAGAACAAAAUCAAAGCACUCCCUGUGCAGUUUUGCCAGCUCCGAGAACUUACAGAUAUAAAACUUGAUGAUAAUGAAUUGAUUCGAUUGCCUUUCAAGAUAGGGCAACUAAGAAACCUUCGUUUUUUGUCAGCAGCCCGAAAUAAGCUUCCAUUUUUGCCUAGUGAAUUUAAAAAUUUAUCCCUUGAAUACUUGGAUCUUUUUGGAAAUGCUUUUGAACAACCAGAAGUCCUUCCAAUUAUAAUGCUGCAAAUGCCAUUAACUUUAUUGGAGUCUUCCGCAAGAACUGUAUUAAAUAAUAGGAUUCCAUACGGCUCCCGUAUCAUUCCAUUCCAUCUUUGCCAAGAUUUGGAUACUGCAAAAACCUGUGUUUGUGGAAGAUUCUGUCUAGAAAGUUUUAUUCAAGGAACUACUAAUAUGAAUCUACACUCUGUUGCUCACACUGUAGUCUUGGUAGAUAAUAUGGGUAGUACUGAAGUACCUAUUAUCUCUUACUUCUGUUCUCUGGAGUGUUAUGUAAAUUCCUCUGAUACGUUAAAGUAAUAGAUGAUACCACAAAAUGAAAUUUCAUUUAU